AUGUCGGAAAAGCAUCAAUAUCUCCUUCCGGAGGUAGAGAAGGAGGUCGGUCGUCUGACUGAGCAAGACUCUGUCAUCGUACACAUGAUGGACGGUAAACGCAUCUUGGCUCCAAUCGACCUGAAGCAGCAGGGACUCCGGAUCCUGGACUCGGCCACGGCCGACGGCCUGUUCCUGCGCGAGAUCCAGCCACUGCUGACCGAGCCCUACGCUCUGUUGGGUUACGACAUCAUGGAGAGUUUCUUUCCGCCAAUAUCUCCGGCUCACACAACCUUCGCCGUCCACGACAUCGGCGACCCGUGGCCAACUGAGCUGCACGCCUCAUGCGAUCUUGUUCACCAGCGGUUCGCCAUUCCCGGCGGGGCCAAGAAAGCCACACCGCGCCAGAUUGUCAGCUACCUGUGCCAGCUCGUCAAGCCCGGCGGCUGGAUCCAGCUUGGCGAGAUGGACGUCCGCGACGGCCCCGUGCGCGGCGGCCCCGCGAUGCAAGAUGCCUGGGUCUGCCUCCGGGCCUGGAUGACAGCUGCCGGAUCCGGAGCAACCUUUGCCAACGAGAUGGCUGGCUGGCUAAAGGACGAGGGCUUUGAGAACGUCAAGGAGGAGCACGUCGACAUUAGCAUGGGCCCCCACUGCAAAGACGCCGAGUGGGGUGCGCGGAGUGCCCAGGUGAUGCUGAAUGCUAUCACCGGUGUUGCCGGUGCGUGCAAGUACAACAACAUUGACGUACCCAAUACUGUAAUGGACAGACUACCAGAACGCGCCGCGGAUGAGUUCUUUAAGGAGGGCGGCACCUACCGCAUCAUUUUCGCGAUUGGUCAAAAAACUCCGGCCUAG